AUGUCCGGCCGCCAAUUCUUGCCGCUGCUAGUACUGGCACAGGUCCUUUCUACCUGGGGCCAGUCCUCGGCCUCCCACGAAGAGUGGCGAGCGGAGAAAGUGGCAGCAGCUAACUCGAGUGCAGCGGCUGCCGCGGCGAUUGCAUCUCAAUAUUGCCGGACAGCAGUGGCCUCUCCGGCAAUUGAUGAGGCAGCAGCUCAAAGGAGUCUCGAAGCAGGAUCUGGAUGGCGAGACCUCAUCUUGCGCCUCUCAGACAGGGCCAAACAGGCCGAGGAGACAGGCGAGUGGUCGCUGGACGAAACUCUGGACCCAAGCUUUUUUCUCAAGGAAGCUUUGAUUGUGGUGCUGGCGUUGAUACUGUGUGUGUUCUGGCUUCUAGCUUCUUGGUUCGUGCACUGCCCCUGCUGCUGCCGCUUUUUGUGCUGCUGCUGCCAGCGGAAGUGGAGCACGGGGAGGGUGUUCAAAGGCAUCGCUUGGCUGCUCUUCUGCACUUUGGGCGUUGCCGGUGUGGUCCUAGCAUCGCGGGCCCUGACGGGAGCCACAUACACGGAGGACGGUGUGGUGGGCUUCAGGUGCGCGAGCAGCACCUUCGUCAGGGACGCGCUUGGAGACCCGGACGGCCCGGAAGCAAAGAGCCGGAGCGGAUUCUUAGCAGUGAGGAGCAGCCUUGUCAGCUUGACCGAGCUGCUCGAGGACGGCUCCGUCUUCUCCAAAAACUUGACUGCCAUCCUCGAUCGAACGUCUGCAAUUGAGAGUGCGGCAGCUCUUGCUCAUGGCUUGCUCGCUGCUCUCAUUGACAACAUGGCGGAAGCGGAGAACACAGAACCUGUUGAUUCCAGCGGGGUGACCUUGUAUCACAAGUGCCAGGUCUGUGGGCCCUUGAAGGAGCUUCUCACCGAAACAUCCGAGCUCUUAGGUGCCAGUGCGGGCAUGCAGAUGCGAGCACUACGAAGUCAGGCCGAGAUCUGGCAAAGCGAGGUCACCGUUGACCUCCGCGAAGUUCUCAGGCAAGCGCUGGAGACAUCCGACCUAGCCAUGGACACGAUCGUCUACGACUAUUGGAAGACACUACGGGGCUAUGAUCUCCGGCACCUCGGGCAGUCUCUGGAGCACCUGCCCUCGUUUCUGCCGCUGCUGGUCCUUGCUCCUCAUGCAUACUAUUUCGUACUGAUGAUCUUCGCAGGGGUCGGCCUCAGCGUGUGGUCAGUCAAAGACAGGAAGGGCGAGAAGCCAGAUCACUGUUGUGUCCGGUUUUGCACGGGGCGAGCCGCAGACUGCGCAUGCUGGCAUGCCAUAUGUCUCCUCAUCCUAUCGGGAGUCGCGAUGACUGUGGCUGUGGUUGGAAGUGGCGUCUGCCUCGUUGUGAUCGAUGCUGGCAAGGAAGCCGGUGCAAACCUGCUGCUGGCCUCCUGCGGGGCCCGGGACUCUGAGAAUAAUUGUCACAGAUAUGUAGAAGUGUCCGGCAGCAUGCUGUCCUGUCUGACUACAACCUCCCAAAAUACCAGCAUCCUGGACUUCAUUGAGGUUCCUCCCGCGAAUCGGACAGUCCAGCACGAACUGACGACUUCUAUGGACCCUAUUCUUCUGCAGAUGCAUGCUGUGGCAGCAUCGGGCACGGCUAAGCUCGCCGAAAACCCCAAGGUCACGGACCUUCUGGCCAUGAUCGACGCGCUUGAUCUGAAGGCUUUGUACCUCCCCAUAGAGUCCAAGAUUUCAGGGAGCCCCUUUGAGGCCAUGACAGCCGAUAUCCCGGGGCUCGAAGGUCAGAACCCCUUCAGGGCCUACCUGGCGACGAGCGUCUCCUGCCUCAACGUGACCUUGAGCUCAUCUCUCAAAGCUGUGGGCAAUCGGUCUAUACCAGGCAUCGAUGCUAUGGUAUCACAUGGGUUUUCCGGUGUGCCGCCGCUGGCAACCUACAUGGAUACAGUCUCGUACUCCUGUCCUACAAUCACCAGUCACACGUGCACUGCCGGCCCGACGCACCAGGCUUGCGAUGCCUCCGUGGCAUUUGUGAACACCAUCAAACAAACCAUUGCAAAAGAUGCGGUGUUUAGAUGCUCCUACCUCCUGCAAGGACACAGCGGCGGGCAGUCGGCCAGUGAGUCUUUCAGUGAUGGCAAGGUCUCAACGGUAUGGAAGGCUUGUAGCAUCAUGGAGUUCGAGACGCUGAUAAAGGGAGCCGCAGGGGACUUGCACGCAGCUUUCAGGCGGCUUGAUGAGAUUGCUGCAGGGCUCAGGGGUGACUUUUUCAAGCUGCGGGACUUGGUCCAGACAGAGGUUGCCAAUCCGAUCUCCGCGCUCCAGCAGAGCAAUAAUUGCCGAAUCCAUCACAACAACUUCAAGGCCAUGUCGGGCAACCUGUGCUACCGUGGCAUGUAUGGGCUGAACAUGAUUGUCACCAGCUACGUGAUGUCGGGUCUCCUGAGCCUUGGCCUUGGCUUGAUACUCCUUACCGCCUGGAAGAUUUCGAGAGACAACGCAGACACGCACAAGCCCAUCGUCGUAGCGCCAGCUUCUGUUGAGGAAGACCUGCCACUUUUUGAGAACGUUAUGGAGCGCGUCCUCACGCUUCGAAGCACGAGCCCCAGUUGGCAACUCUUCGGCCUAGUCUCGGCUGCCAAUCUGAGCUUGCUACCGCUUAUGCUGGUGCUGGUGCUGGUGCUGGUGCUGGUGCUGGUGGUGAUGAGAAAUGGAGGCUGCAUCGACUUGGCUGUGGCCUCAAACGGAGCUGAGGUUGAAGCGGCUUCAGAGGUUUCGCUUCCGGUGUUUGAUCUCUGGGGUGAUACCUGA